GCGCACGCUGAGGAGCUCUCCGGUUCUCCCCGCGACCACUUCUCCUAGUCCCCGCUUUCAGCCCAGUCACUCCCGCCGGCUCUGGGCUCGCCGGCUGGCGGGGAGUGGCCUCAAGAUGGACGAAGGCGGUGGCGGUGAGGGCGGCAGCGUGCCUGAAGACCUGUCAUUAGAAGAGCGAGAAGAACUUUUGGACAUUCGUAGAAGAAAAAAGGAACUUAUUGAUGACAUUGAGAGGCUGAAAUAUGAAAUUGCAGAAGUGAUGACGGAGAUUGACAACCUGACUUCAGUGGAGGAGAGCAAAGCUACUCAGAGGAACAAGCAAAUAGCCAUGGGAAGGAAGAAAUUCAACAUGGACCCCAAAAAGGGCAUUCAGUUUCUAAUUGAGAACGACCUGCUACAGAGCUCCCCAGAGGAUGUCGCCCAGUUUCUGUACAAAGGAGAGGGCCUGAACAAGACCGUCAUCGGAGACUACCUGGGCGAGAGGGAUGAUUUUAAUAUCAAAGUUCUUCAGGCUUUUGUCGAGCUGCAUGAGUUUGCUGAUCUCAACCUUGUCCAGGCCUUAAGGCAGUUCCUAUGGAGCUUCAGACUUCCCGGAGAGGCGCAGAAGAUUGAUCGCAUGAUGGAGGCCUUCGCAUCCCGAUACUGCCUGUGCAACCCUGGGGUCUUCCAGUCCACAGAUACGUGCUACGUGCUCUCCUUUGCCAUCAUCAUGCUCAACACCAGCCUACAUAACCACAACGUGCGUGACAAGCCCACGGCCGAGCGCUUCAUCACCAUGAACCGAGGUAUCAACGAGGGCGGGGACCUUCCUGAGGAGCUGCUGAGGAACUUGUAUGAAAGUAUCAAGAAUGAGCCGUUUAAGAUCCCAGAGGACGAUGGCAAUGAUCUGACGCACACCUUCUUCAAUCCAGACCGAGAAGGCUGGCUGCUGAAGCUGGGGGGUCGUGUGAAGACCUGGAAACGGCGCUGGUUCAUCCUCACAGAUAACUGCCUCUACUACUUUGAAUACACCACGGACAAGGAGCCCAGGGGCAUCAUCCCCCUGGAGAACCUCAGCAUCAGGGAGGUGGAGGACCCUCGGAAACCGAACUGCUUUGAGCUGUACAACCCCAGUCACAAAGGGCAAGUCAUCAAAGCCUGCAAGACAGAGGCGGAUGGCCGUGUGGUGGAGGGGAACCAUGUUGUAUACCGGAUCUCUGCCCCCAGCCCUGAGGAGAAGGAGGAGUGGAUGAAGUCCAUCAAAGCAAGCAUCAGUAGGGACCCGUUCUAUGACAUGUUGGCCACGAGGAAAAGGAGGAUUGCCAAUAAGAAAUAGGUAAAUGUCAAGACCCAGACUCCAGCGGAUACAUUGGCCUCACAGGCGGUAGGACUGGGGACAGUGUGCUGUCCACGGGUCCUCCAGAACAGCCAGCUAAGGCCCGAGACCUCAAGCCUGUGCUUUGGGACAUUGGCCAGCUGUGAGCAUCUCCUUCCUGCCACCGUCCUAGCGUUGACCUUUGGGGACCCUUGUCCACAACAGCACCUGGUGAUACAGCCUCCAGAUCUGCACAGCCCACACGGGACUCCUUUUCUGGAGCCAGAGCCUCAUCCAUACCAUGCCACGCCUGCUCUUUGGGGCAGCACUACAUGUUCUAGGAGUCACUGUUUUAUAUCAAAAUGGGGAAGGAAAACCUACCACUUUUUUAUCCAGAAUUUUUCUCAGAUAUAUAGGAUUAUAGCUUUUAUAUGCCUUUUUAUAUUCUGAAAAUUAUAAUGAAAGAUACUUAAUUUCUAACAGUAGUAUUUUUAGAAUGGCAGCUAUAAACUUAACUCCUGGACACAAGUAUAUACUGUGCACUGGAAACAGUCUAUAUAUGCAGCCCCCAAGCACUUGAGGCGGGAACAGGUGGGGCACAGGCAGCCACUCGGGGUGAAGAGGCAGUGGGGUGAACAUGAGGACCAGUGUGUGCUUGGGAGACUCAGGUGUGACUGCUGCUUCCCCUCACAUGCUUCUCUAGGAUGAGUCAGUAAGGUAUGGCUAUGGUUCGGGGAGUUGAUCUUGUCAGCGCCAAGGCCUGGAGAUGGAGCUCUUCCUCUGGAAACAAGCCACUUGCGUGUAGAACCACAUUGAACUGUUUGACCUUCGUAUAGGACAGUUCCAUGGGGUCCAUCUGCACAUGGCUCUUGACUUUGGUACUUUUGUUGCUUGCUGUUUCAAACUUUGGUUAAGUGUUGACAUAUAUUUUGAUGUAGUGAGUAGGCAGAAGCAGCCAGAAAUAAUCCACCUGUCCUCUAGUAGUGCCGAGUUUUCCAACAUGGACGUGCUUUUGAGGAGGGGAAAGCUGAAGACGGCACUGAGGAACACCUGUGGCAUCUAGACCCCUAUAUAUACCAGCGUUAUGACUUCAGGGCACAUGUGCUUGGGCCAAGACUGUGUAAGGCGAUAGGGUGAUGAAUGGUCAUUUUAGAGAACCCUCUGGAGGCUGCACGUGGCUUAUUUGGAAAAUGGCUUUCCCCUGCAGACCCUCAAUACUCUGUGCACACACCUGCAGCUUGUGUUCUAAGGGGCCUUGAAAACCUCCAACCAAAUGUCCUUACAUAAGGCUUUCAGUGAGCCGUCUUGAGGCUUUUUACCUCUGACCUUGGUUGGUGGUAGCUGUCAUCUAAGAUGGCACAGGGGGAUGUGAAGGCCAGAAUUCCCUCAUGUACCAGACUGAUCACUUUAUGGUUUAUUCCCAAGCUUCUAGGCUUUCUUUUACUAAUACCUCAAAUCUGAAACCCUUGCAUUUGGGCUGUCUGGCUAGUGUGUAUGCAGCCAGGCUUCCAGUCUUCCAUGAUCCCUAACCCCUACUCCCCACUCCCUGCCUUCGCCACCUCAGACCCGAACUUACUGCUGGUGGGGCACCUGUUGGGAGGUGGGAACUGGCAUUCCUUCAAUCAGACCACGGUGAGCCGGUCUGAUGUUCAACCCAGGUGUGGUCCUAGGCAACAGAGCUCUGUCGGAUAUGGAGGACGGGACAUUAAGCAUGAGGCUACCUAAUGUCUUUAAUGCCAUAGUCAUCUUUGAGGGGACCUUACCUAUGGCUAUUGGUUUGCCUGAUGGCUGUUGGUGCUAAGAAUCCUAAGUUACUGGCUCUUGGAGUAUCCCCGUGGAGUCACUUAACUCAGGUUAUGUUGUGACAGUGUUAACCCUGAGGGCAUCUGCCACUCGCAGAGCUUGUGAAGGCUCAGGCACUCAUGCCCUUCACCCUUUGUCUGCACUCAGCAGUGAAGCACUAAGCCCUACUCUGGCCAAAGACAGUUUCCUGUCCUGCUGGUCCCUGGACGUCAUUUUUGGGUUUCAGAACACUUGAUGUGGUACUGCAGUGUAACUAGGAACCGUCUGGAGAUGCAGCGGCCUCCUAUGCUUUGUGUCAUACUGACUUCAGAGCUACAGAUGUGCUUUGCUCACAAGUUAGGUGGUUACAGACCAGAAACCAUAAGUUGUGAUUUCUUCUAUCUUAGAAAACAUUUCUAUUUACAAUAAAGUUACUAUGUAAAUAGUGUACAUAUGUUAAUUUCUUCAGUGUUAUACAAUGUACAUAUCCUACAACCUGCAUGAAGAAAUAUCCUAUUAAUGUUGAUAUCAGAAUUUCUGGCUAUUUUAUUGCAAAGCAAACAGCUAAAUGGAGGGCCUUACAGCUGUUGGAACUAUUGCAAAUGCUGUGUUCCCUAAAUAAAAACAUAUUGCUAAAACCAAAA